AUGUAUUCAGGCGGUGCUACCGGCACUCAUACUCCACGAUCGUCUCAGAACCUGCGUCCUCUCAUCCUCACACACGGCAGCCUCGAAUAUGCUUUCCUCAUUCCAACUGGUCUACACUACCAAGCUACACAACUGAAAGAUGCAUUCAAAACGUCUCUGCCAGAACCAACGGAUGAGCUAGCACAAGAUGACGAGCCAUCAUCAGCUGCAGAAUUGGUGGCUAGAUAUAUCGGUUUCAUAGCACAAGAGGUGGAAGAUGACGAAGAGAGCGGCUCCUUCGUUGAGGUCCUCAAGGUCGUACUUAACGAGUUCGAGCGGUCUUUCAUGCACGCCAACGAUGUGCAUGCUCUGGCUGCAACCCUACCAGGAAUCACUGCAAAGAAGCUGCUAGUAGUUCAAUGCUACUACAACGGUCGAGCUGCUGCCUCGCGCCCAAUCAAGCCACAUGAUUCGGCCUUGCUGCGAGCAGCCGACGAUGAAGAUGCUAGCAUAUACACUGUCUUUGGUGGACAGGGCAACAUUGAAGAAUAUUUCGACGAGCUGAGAGAAGUCUACACCACAUACCAGUCUUUCGUCCAUGACUUGGUCACAUCCUCGGCCGAGCUCUUGCAGUCUCUUGCAAGGAGCCCAGACGCCGAUAAGUUCUACAGCAAAGGCAUUGAUAUUAUGAACUGGCUUGAGAAUAAGGACAGCCAACCUGACACCGACUAUCUGGUAUCUGCACCCGUCUCUUUCCCGCUCAUAGGCCUUGUUCAGCUUGCUCACUUCCAAGUAACCUGCAAAGCUCUCGGCAAAACUCCUGGAGACCUCAAUGAGCGCUUCAGCGGCACGACUGGUCAUUCCCAAGGAGUUAUCACUGCAACUGCGAUUGCUACAGCCACUUCUUGGGAGAGCUUCGCCAGAGCUGCCAACGAUGCUAUUACCUUGUUGUUCUGGAUCGGUAUGCGCAGCCAGCAGGCUUACCCACGUACCAGCUUAGCUCCUUCUAUCCUUCAAGAUGCGACCGAAGCUGGCGAAGGCACUCCCACCCCCAUGUUGUCCAUUCGUGAUCUUUCUAGAAAGCAAGUUCAGGAACACAUUGACGCUACUAACCAGCACCUGCCUGCUGAUCGACAUGUUGCUAUCUCUCUGGUCAACAGUGCUCGAAACUUCGUUGUCACCGGUCCUCCAAUCUCUCUCCACGGACUCAACCUGCGUCUGCGAAAGGUCAAAGCCCCUACCGGCUUGGACCAGACUCGAAUUCCUCACACCGAACGAAAAGUUCGAUUUGUCCACCGUUUCCUACCUAUCACUGCUCCUUUUCACAGUCAUCUCCUCGUUGACGCCUACGACAGGAUCAUGCAAGAUGUGAAGGACAUUAAGAUCGCAGCUCAAAGUCUGUCCAUACCUGUCUAUGACACAAAUACUGGUGAAGACCUGAGACAAUCUGACAAUGACAAUGUCGUGAGUGAUCUUGUCCGUAUGAUCACCCGGGAUCCUGUCAACUGGGAAGUCGCUACUGUCUUUCCUGGUGCAACACACAUUCUGGACUUUGGUCCAGGUGGCAUCUCUGGUCUUGGUGUGUUGACCAAGCGCAACAAGGACGGCACCGGUGUCCAUGUCAUCCUUGCUGGUACAAUGGAUGGCACGAACAACGAGGUCGGCUACAAGCCAGAGAUUUUUGACCGAGAUGAGGAGCAUGCUGUCAAAUAUGCUGUCAACUGGGUCAAGGAGCAUGGUCCGAAACUCAUCAAAACCUCGGCUGGUCAGACUUUUGUCGACACAAAGAUGUCUCGUCUGCUCGGUGUUCCUCCUCUCAUGGUUGCCGGUAUGACUCCCUGCACAGUACCAUGGGACUUUGUAGCGGCAACCAUGAACGCUGGUUAUCAAAUCGAACUUGCUGGUGGUGGCUACUACAACCCGAAGACAAUGACUGCUGCGCUGAACAAGAUUGAGAAGGCCAUACCACCGGGUCGAGGUAUCACUGUUAACUUGAUCUAUGUCAACCCGCGUGCAAUGGCCUGGCAAAUUCCUCUCCUGGCUCAACUUCGAGCAGAUGGUGUACCAAUUGAAGGCUUGACCAUUGGAGCAGGUGUACCUUCUAUCGAAGUCGCGCAGGAGUACAUCGACACGCUUGGCAUCAAGCAUAUCCAGUUCAAGCCGGGUUCCAUGGAGGCUAUUCAGGCCGUCAUCAACAUUGCCAAGGCAAAUCCGACUUUCCCUGUUGUUCUACAGUGGACCGGUGGUCGUGGUGGUGGCCACCACUCUUUCGAAGAUUUCCAUCAGCCAAUGCUCUCUAUGUAUGGUCGCAUCCGAAAGCAGAACAACAUCAUCCUCGUCGCUGGCUCCGGUUUCGGAGGCUCUGAUGAUACCUACCCCUACCUCACUGGACAAUGGGCUCGCAAGUUUGGCUACCCGCCAAUGCCGUUCGACGGCUGUCUCUUUGGCAGCAGAGUCAUGACUGCCAAGGAAGCUCAUACAUCAAUGAAUGCAAAGAAGGCGAUUGCUGAGGCUGAAGGCGUUGACGACUCGGAGUGGGAGAAGUCCUACAAAGGUCCUGUUGGUGGUGUCAUGACCGUUCGAUCCGAGAUGGGUGAGCCUAUUCACAAACUCGCAACUCGUGGUGUCAAGUUUUGGGCCGAGAUGGACAGCACAAUUUUCAGCCUGGACAAGAAGAAGCGAGUAGCUGAGCUCAAGAAGAGGCGGGAGUAUAUCAUCAAGAAACUCAACGACGAUUUCCAGAAAGUUUGGUUUGGCCGCAACUCCAGAGGCGAGUCCGUUGACCUUGAAGACAUGACAUAUGCAGAGGUCGUUCGAAGAAUGGUCGACCUCAUGUAUGUCAAGCACCAAUCCAGAUGGAUCGAAACAUCCCUACGAAACUUGACUGUUGACUUCAUGCGUCGUGUUGAAGAACGUUUUACCACUGGGGCUGGCAAGCCUUCUUUGGUGCAAAGCUAUGCGGAGCUUGACACUCCCUACCCAACUAUCGACAAGUUCUUGGACGCAUAUCCUGAAGCCAAAAACCAGCUCAUCAAUGCUCAAGAUGUACAGCACUUCCUGCUUUUGUGCCAAAGACGUGGACAGAAGCCAGUACCUUUCGUUCCGUCGCUAGAUGACAACUUCGAGUUCUGGUUCAAGAAGGACUCCUUGUGGCAAUCAGAGGAUCUCGAUGCUGUCGUUGAUCAGGAUGUUGGUCGAACCUGUAUCCUGCAGGGCCCCAUGGCUGUCAAAUAUUCCACGAAGAUAGAUGAGCCCAUCAAGGACAUUCUUGAUGGUAUUCACAAUGAUCACAUCAAGAUGUUGACAGCUGAUCUGUAUGGCGGCAAAGACUCAAACAUUCCAUCCGUCGAAUACUUCGGUGGCCGUCUCAUCACUCCUGCUGAAAGUGUCGAAGAGCUUGAUUCUGUCUCUGUCAACCAUGACGGAUCACGGUCCACAUACAAACUCCAAGGCACCACUUUACCGGAUGCCGAUGCUUGGCUACAGUUGCUUGCUGGCAGAAAUUACUCUUGGAGACAUGCCAUGUUCACCACUGAUAUCUAUGUACAAGGUGCUCGAUAUAUGAACAAUCCUCUCCGACGCAUCCUUGCUCCGGUUCGAGGCAUGUGUGUUGAGAUAGCUCACCCCAAAACCCCAGCUAAGACUGCUAUUACUGUCAGAGAACUCAGUCAAUCAGGCAAGCUCUACAAGUCUCUCGAUAUCGGCAUUAAUGGACCGGAAAUUACCAUGAACAUGUGGGAGGAGAGGAGCGCUGAAGGUGGUGCUGUACCACUCGUGUUCAGGUUCAUCUACCAACCUGAGACUGGUUAUGCUCCAAUUCAUGAAGUGAUGGACGGUCGAAAUGAUCGUAUCAAGGAGUUCUAUUACAGAAUCUGGUUUGGUAGCAAGGACGUGCCAUUCGACACUCCCUUGACCGACAACUUCGAUGGUGGCAAGGCUACAGUCACGAGUAAAGAUAUCGCCGACUUCGUUCAUGCUGUUGGAAACACUGGCGAGGCAUUUGUCGAGCGAGCUGGACGUGAACAGUACGCACCGAUGGAUUUUGCUAUUGUCCUUGGCUGGAAAGCGAUCACUAAGCCUAUCUUUCCUCGUCCCAUCGAUGGUGAUCUACUAAAGCUAGUGCAUCUUUCCAAUGGAUUCCGUAUGCUACCUGGUGCUGCACCACUUAAAGUUGGUGACGAGGUACACACCACUGCUCGCAUCAAUGCUAUCAUCAACCAAGACUCGGGCAAGAUGGUCGAGGUAUGCGGCACUAUUACCAAGCAGGGCCAGCCCAUCAUGGAGGUUACAAGUCAAUUCUUGUACCGAGGUAACUAUACUGACUACGAGAACACCUUCCAAAGAAAAGAGGAAACACCGAUGCAGGUCACUCUUGCUACCUCGAAGGACGUUGCUGUUCUCAAGAGCAAGGAGUGGUUCCACACCGAAGAACCCGACGUCGACCUUCUGGGACAGACCUUGACAUUCCGAUUGUCAAGUCUGAUUCGUUUCAAGAACAAGACAGUCUACAGCAAUGUUCAGACUCGAGGUGAAGUCCUACUCGAACUUCCUUCCAAGGAGGUCAUAGAGGUAGCUGCUGUAGAGUACGAUGCUGGUGAGUCACACGGCAACCCAGUCAUCGACUAUCUGCAGCGACACGGGUCAUCCAUCGAGCAACCUGUCAACUUUGAGCAUGCUAUUCCACUUAGUGGAAAGACACCACUGACCUUGAGAGCACCUGCAUCCAACGAGACAUAUGGUCGUGUUUCAGGUGAUUACAACCCAAUUCAUGUAUCUCGUAUUUUUGCACAAUAUGCCAAUCUCCCAGGCACCAUCACACACGGCAUGUACACUAGUGCCGCAGUCCGAAGUCUGGUAGAAACCUGGGCGGCUGAGAACAACAUCGGACGUGUUCGAAGCUACCACGUCAACCUUGUCGGCAUGGUUCUACCGAACGACGAUCUUGAAGUCAAACUUGAGCAUACGGGUAUGGUAGGCGGUCGAAAAACCAUGAAGAUCGAGACGACUAACAAAGAGACGGGUGACAAGGUUCUCGUCGCGGAUGCUGAGGUUGAGCAGCCAGUGUCAUCCUAUGUCUUCACAGGCCAGGGUUCUCAAGAACAAGGCAUGGGUAUGGACCUGUACAAGAGCAGUGCUGUGGCCAAGGAAGUGUGGGAUCGAGCUGAUCGACACUUCUUGGACAACUAUGGCCUCUCAAUCAUCGAGAUAGUCCGCAAUAACCCCAAGGAGCUCACAAUUCACUUCGGUGGCCCUCGAGGCAAGGCUAUUCGACAAAAUUACAUGGCCAUGACUUUCGAGACGGUGAACGCGGACGGCAGCAUCAAAUCGGAGAAGAUCUUCAAGGAGAUUACUGAAGCCACAACAUCGUACACAUACCGCUCUCCAACAGGUCUGCUGUCUGCUACUCAAUUUACUCAGCCAGCUCUGACACUCAUGGAGAAAGCCGCAUUUGAGGACAUGCGAGCCAAGGGACUUGUUCAACGAGACAGUAGCUUUGCAGGUCACUCUCUAGGCGAAUACUCUGCCCUGGCAUCCAUUGCCGAGGUAAUGCCAAUUGAGUCACUGGUGUCGGUUGUCUUCUAUCGAGGUCUUACUAUGCAGGUCGCAGUCGAGCGUGACGAACAAGGACGAUCAAACUAUUCCAUGUGUGCUGUCAACCCCAGCAGAAUAUCAAAGACGUUCAACGAACAGGCUCUGCAAUAUGUGGUCGAGAACAUUCAAGAGUCUACCGGCUGGCUUGUGGAAAUUGUCAACUACAACGUCGCCAACAUGCAGUACGUAUGUGCAGGUGAUCUUCGAGCACUGGAUACCAUGACCAAUGUUCUCAACGUCCUUAAGAUGCAGAAGAUCGACAUACAAGCUUUGAUGCAGACCAUGUCCCUCGAAGAUGUAAAGGAGCACUUGACGGAGAUCAUCACCGAGUGCAAGAAGAAGACAGAAGCCAAGCCUCAGCCUAUUGAGCUUGAGCGAGGAUUUGCAGUCAUUCCUCUCAAAGGGAUUGACGUGCCAUUCCAUUCGACCUUCUUGCGGUCUGGUGUCAAGCCAUUCCGAUCGUUCUUGCUCAAGAAGAUCAACAAGACGUCGAUUGAUCCUGCUAAGCUGGUUGGUAAAUACAUUCCUAACGUUACUGCUAAACCAUUUGAAAUUUCCAAGGAGUAUUUUGAGGAGGUUUACAAGCUUACCAAUUCGCCAAGAUUGGCCAAGGUGUUGGAGGAUUGGGACAAAUAUGAGAGUGCAGCAGAUCCGAGCACAAGACGGCUGUCUACAAUCGCAUAG